UCCUCUAGAGGUCGAGUGGUGCAGAGUGUGGUGGUGUUUAGGACCUCAGGAGCGUUGGCCUGGCUGGGCGUAUCAGGAGCGGGGUCUCUGCUGGAACGCACCGGAUUGGCCCAGGCUGUCAGAGAGGGGCGGAGCUUCAGAGGGUCAAAGGUUACGAACGUUACUGUGGGAGGUGUGCAGGAUGAUGUGUGUUUGUGGUUGUUCAACUGCCCUGCAGCAGGUUUUGAGUGUUUGUCCAGACCAGGUCACAUGGCCGUCUGUUCCUCGGUCUGUCACUCUGACUACUGUCACAACCAGGGCAUCUGUACCCACCACCCUCACCAACCACCCCUCUGCCAGUGCCCUGUGGGGGAUCAUUUCUGGUUCAUGGGUCGUCGUUGUGACGUGAGGAUGACGCAGCAGUGGCUGGUGGGGGCGUGCCUUGGUGUGCUGGUUGCCAUAGUUACACUAAUUGGCGCCGUGGCCUGGCUGGCGGUGCGACGAUACAGAGCCAUGUUGAUAAAGACUAAAGUAGACCAGACACGGAGCAGCUACCGUAGGUUCAACCACUUUGACGAGCUGUCGGUCGUUUCUGGGGCGGUCCAUCGUUCCCAGUACGGCUGGGCGGUCAGCGAGGUCAGCCUGGCGGAGUGUGUGUUGGAUUCUGGGAAAGCCAGUGACCUGUCAGUGAGGGCGCUGCGUCCUCGGUCCUACUGUGAAGGUAUGGAGCUGGUGGAACUGGAGAAGAGCUGGACGGCCUAG